AUGGAGAAUAUACAAGGGAUAUUAAGUGUGUUUGUUUCUUGCAGCACUGAUUGUAGUAACACAUCAGUGGUGCAUGUGAUCCCAGAGGUGUUUGUCAGUGCCUGUGUAGAGGAUUGUGGGACAUACGGUGAAUGUCGACUACUGAGAUCCUACAGCUAUCUGUACGGGGCCUGUGUCUGCAAGGCUGGCUGGAGCGGUUGGGGCUGCACUGAUGAUUCGACAGCUCAGUCGUAUGGGCGCCAGCUAACGGCAACUCUGCUACUGGCUCUCAGUAACGUGAUCUUCCUGCCUGUUAUUGUGGUGGCCAUCAAACGCUGCUACUUCACAGAGGCAUCCGUCUACCUCUUCACAAUGUUCUUCUCCACGUUCUACCAUGCGUGCGACCAGCCGGGUAUAGCUGUACUGUGUAUAAUGGACUACGAUACCCUACAAUACUGUGACUUCCUGGGCUCUGUCUGUUCCAUCUGGGUCACCAUCCUGUGCAUGGCUCGCAUCAGAGACACGUUCAAAUAUAGUCUGUUUAUGCUCGGGACUCUGCUGAUUGCUAUGUCAAUGCAACUUGACCGGAAAGGCCUGUGGAACCUGCUGGGCCCCAUCCUCUGUGCACUGCUGAUCAUGGUCACGGCAUGGGUGUCCCGAGGGGUGCGGCGGCGACAUUGUUAUCCGCCUUCUUGGCAGCGUUGGGUCCUCUACCUGAUCCCGGGGGCGACCUGUGCUCUCGUUGGGAUAUGCUUGUAUGUUUUCGGUGCAACUGAGGACAACUACUACUACACACACUCACUGUGGCACAUCCUGAUGGCCAGCUGCGUGAUGUUCCUGCUGCCGCCGAAGGAGAAGGGCAGGGAGACGUUGGGCUGGAGCAGGGGCUGGAGCUGGAACUGGAGCUGGAGAUGGAGCUGGAGACCCCGGGUUUGUGGGUACACACUCUGCGAGAACGACAAGGAUGAGCUCUACACUGUCACAUAGUUUGACAUAUGCUGAUUUCAUAAUCACAUUCUCUUCUAGUGUGAAACUGUCCUCGUGGAUCUUAAAAAUUAAUGUUCAGACAUCAUAGAUACACUAACAACCCUGAAACCUGCUGAAACCUCCAAGGUGGUCCUCUGCACCAGCUUAGGAAUAAAUCAAACCCUUCAGGUAGCAGACCACCUGACCUUUGACCUCAAGACCAGGCGUUUGUACAUAGUCUAUAUGUACAUAUUUUAUUAGACUAGGCUAUGAAUGUUUGAAAUAUUUAUAAGUAAUCGCACUUUGUGGAACGCUUUUAAAUCUUUUCUAUUCAAUCUGUCCCUGACUUUGCUCAUAAAAAUGGUGUAUUUAUAGUUGAUGAAAACACUCCUCCUGUAUUUGUCCCACAGACCGGGGUGGAAAAUUUAUGGUAUGAUUGAAGUCCUAAAAAAAAUGUUUUGAUAAAACUGGUUCAACUCCAAGUUUAUCUACAAGCGUUUUGCAGAGCUUUCAAACCGUAUCACAUGGUUUUCACACACUAGUGUCCUGUUCCCACCUGAAAUUAACAUCCAUCCUGAAUGUGUCUCCUGUGACCGCUCAUGAUCAGAUCUCAAUUUUCAUCUGUUUGUGUGUCGGCACAUGAGAGAGAGAGAGAGCCAGCGGCAUUUGGAGGAGCUGAAUGAAUCAAUGCACAGCUCUGAUAUGAAGAAAAAAGUAUCGAUCAUUAUGCGGUGAUCAGACACUGGGAGGACUAAAAUGCAUUUGAUUCACUUUGAAACUGUGGGUCAGGACAUCAGCUGAGUAGAUAGUCCUUCUUAAGUGACCAUGGAUGAAUUUGCAUUCACACAGCAAAAAGAAUGUCACCAAGUGCGUCCCACUCAGACCUCCGAAUGUAGUCUGAGUGAUCAGAUCUCAGGACGCAUUCAGCAUGCAUUUGGGUGCGUUCAGUCCUUAACUUAGUGCUGUGUCCACCUGUGAUGUUAUCACUCAGGGCAGAUGUUAGUUCCACGUCUAAACAGGGUCUAGUUAACUGCAGGACACUGAAUAAGAGUUAUAACAAACAUUUACUUAACAGGAACUAUUUCAAACCAGGAAGCCGCUUGUUUGCCAAAGUCUGAUGAACCCUGUCUCAAAUGCCUUCCCAUCACACCGACAUCAGCCUCACAACAUCCCUGCAUGUUGCUCUGUAUCUGACACUCAGCCACUGGUCGACUGUGCCGGUGCACAGAGCAGCAGAUUUAGGUAGAGUGAUUCUGAUACAGGAUGCCUCCUCAUUACAAUCGAUGUCUUUAAACACCAAAUGUCUCAAGGUCAUGUUCAAGUACGCAUACGCUGCUUGUGCUGAAACUUACUGUCGUCCUGUGUGUUUAUCCUCCCUCUUGAAAACCUCACCUCAUUUUACCAGCAAUCAUUCUGAAGCACUUUUAUGAUUAUAAAGCUUUUUCCCUACAUAAUGGUCAUAGCCCACACCGUAUGUGUAUGGAUGGGCACUUAAUGAAUGUAUAUUGAGAUUGCUGUGUGCAGUGCCUCCUGUAUGACUGUGAAUCUCUUUUGUCUUCUGCGUACUCUUUCCACAUUUAUUUUCCUAAGCACUGUUUGUGCUUUAUCUAUUUGCACUGUAAUUUAGAAUUUUUGCACGCUGCCAUGCCUUCCUUUCUGUGUUUUUCCUCAUGUGUGAGUUUAAAUAAUUUAUUUUUUGUCACAUUUAAGUAGGAAUAAAAAAAAAAUCUGCAACGACAGCAAACUACUGCUCUCAUUGCAUUUAAGGAUGAAGAAAUGUAAUGUUUGAUGUAAAAUAUGGUUUUAAGUCCUACUUUCCAAUCUGUUGAAAACCCAGACACUUAGCCUAUCAAAAUAAAUCCUUUGUAUGAAGAGAAA